GAAACGGUCUCCUCGUCAUUGUUGGACUGGAAGGCCGAGUACAUCUUGCCUCCGCUCCACAGAUUGGUGACGGUCAUUUGGUUGCGGAUAAGCCACGACAGCUAUAGAUUGGAGCAUGGAAAGGACGCACCGAUCCAAGGGUUUCAACACCCUGCAGAUCCUUCACUAACACAUUCUGUGCUGCCAUGCGCUUCGCAGCGAUGGACAGCAAGAGCG